CUAUACAAACACGUAUACAAUUUUGCUGCGCUGUACGCUGUAGCUGUAUGCCUGUAUUAUUCAUUAUGUAUUUGUCUCCGUGUCGGAGUCGGCGCUUAUUAACUGAGAGUGUGAAAUAUUUUAUGUAGAAUAGAUCAGAGCAGCCCUUGUCAUUUCUUGUUAUACAAAACAGUGUAUAUAACGAUAUUAUAAAACAAAAUGAACUUAUUUAAAGUUGAAGUACUUUUUGUCUAAGGUGUAUAAAUAUUUUUCUCAUAGAAAUCGGUAGAUGUAAAAAUGUAUGAAUGGUACAUUGUGUCCGGUGAAGUGCAAGUACCUGAAAUAUUCUGAAGAAGAUGAGGAUAUAUUAACUUAGUAAAUCGAGAAGUCAGGCACUUUGUACAAUUACCAAGAUGGAUCCAUCAAUCUACCUGCAAUACUCGCCGCCUAACGGGCUACCUCAAGAGUCAAAACUGGCUACAUAUAUGAACCAUUCUACGGUUACCCCAACAAGGUCUCUAAAUCAAGCCAUGAGUAAGCUGAGCAUUGAAGCUUCUCCAACAUCAUCCAAAAAGCCUAUGCCAAUGGCAAUAUCAGGCCACGUCCCACCACAACAGCAGUUAAUCCCUCACCCUCAACCACCUCCGAUAAUGACUCAUAUUCCACCACCUCACUUGCCACCGCAGGCAUUGCUAGCUCAUCCACCACCACAGGUGCUGAUUGGAGAGUUCGUUCCAAUCAAUUACUACACGCACACACCAUCGCACACCCUGAUCCAGGAGUCACCUCAGAGCUCCCCACCAGCUCCUAUGCCCAUGCCGAUGCCUGUCACCACUCAGGUGCACCAGGAGAACGUGGGUGGUACCACUUACUUCUAUUCAACAAAUGCUGACUCCCUCAAUGCCUCUGCAGUCAUGAACACUCCAGCGGCAAUGGGUCCUGAUGUGAUGGGAGUGGGGGUACCAGUUGCCAGCCCUUAUGCCUCACAAAUGUAUGCUGGACCCACAACCCACUCGGGCGCAAACCACAAGUCAGGUCUGGCGCAGGCUUUCUACAUGCCGGAGACGAUUCGCGAGGAGAUCUACCAACGAGCUCAAGAUGUCUUCCUACAGCAUGACCCGAUGGCUUAUCCAGAUAUUCCGGAGGUGGUAGACCGCUACGCUGAGUUGGUACCUCUGGAGGCGACGGGAGCGCACGCUCUGGCAACCUCCUACCGGGCCACUCACCGCCGGCGAGCUGACCACGUGGCGCUCCGUAGACUUCACGCGUGCGUCGGCGCCGCAGCCCCCGGCAGGGUUGAUAUUUGGAAACACCUCGAUCAUCCCAACAUUGUCAGGCUCCAGCAGUGCUUCACCACUAAAGCUUUUGGAGAUCACUCACUGGUGUUGGUCUACGACUAUCACCCAGCGUGCAUCACGAUGCUGAACAAAUACUUGGGCGGUGCCGGCGGUGACGUGAACGGAUUCAUGGAUCCGUUCUCCUCAGAUCCAGACGCUCCUAGACCCUAUACACAUCAGAAAAAUGCGAUGUUACGAGCGGUUGCGACCGGCCAGUUGUUGCCGGAGGCCAUGUUGUGGAGUAUGUUGGUGCAGUUGACGUCCGCACUGAGAGCUAUACAUGCACACGGGCUUGCUUGCAGGACCCUGGAGCCGAGUAAGGUGAUAGUGAACGGGUGUCGUCUUCGUAUCUCGUGGCCGGGUAUAGCAGACGCCAUGCACAAUGGCAGCUUCGAUGUUAUACAGGCUCAGCAAGAGGAUCUGGUGGCUCUUGGCCGUCUGAUUCUUUCUUUGGCGUGUCGCACCGUACACUGCGAUAAUAUAAACGCCUGCAUGGAUCUCGUAGCAAGAACAUACUCGAUGGAUCUCAAGAAUAUGCUCAUGUAUUUGCUGACUCCGUCUCCAAACGUUCGUCGCACCAUCACCGACAUAAUGCCUAUGAUCGGAGCUCGUUUCUUCACGCAGGUGGAAGCGCUAGAGCGGCGCUCGGACGCCUUCGAAGAGCAAUUAGUGAAUGAAAUAGACAAUGGUCGACUACUGCGUAUUCUUAUCAAGCUUGGAAUUAUAAACGAACGUCCAGAGUUGAACAUGGAUACGAGUUGGUCGGAGACUGGGGAUCGAUAUAUGUUGAAACUGUUCCGAGACCAUAUCUUCCACUCGGUGACCCCGGAUGGCCGCCCCUGGUUGGACAGGGCUCACGUGGCGGCCGCCCUCAACAACUUGGAUGGAGGGAACCUCGACAAGGUGGAACUGAUGUCGCGGGACGAGCAGAGCGUGCUGGUCGUUUCGUACGCUGAGCUGAAGCACUGUCUGGAGAACGCUUACGAGGAGGUGAUGGCCGCCGCGGCCGGUCCCUAGCCCGAGGAGUCCCAGGAUAGGGCGUGUUUCACCCCUACUCCGAUACCGUCCCCCCUCCCCACACCCCCUCCCUCGCCCGCGCGACCUCACCCGAUGCCCUUUGCACCUUACGGACCCAUCGGCCCCAUCCCCCCCUACACAGUCGUCUACAGAUGCGUGUGCGCGUUCUGUCUCCCCGUCUACAGGGGUUGAGGAAAUGUACAGUAAUAUCCGGCCAAACUAUUGCGACCCUGUAUGCUUUUUGUGUAGCGAUGCCUAGUGUCGUAAUAUAUCCGCCGUUUCCCUAUCGGUGUAAGUAGAUGCGAUCCUUCGAUGUUAUAUUAGUGAAACGCGGUAAUGGCCGAGAGCAAGUGCGUAUCCAGCUAUACGAGUGACCCGACGGACUUGUACGGUUAGUUGUAAGGAUGAGGAUGGAUCCAUGUUACUUAGUGGGGAAGGAACAAGGUCUGCCCCCAAUACAUAAUAAAUAUACGAUCUCAUUAAUUAAUGCUCCUUCUACGAGCGCUAUACGAGUAUGUACGUCUCGUCUACCGUUUUAGAUUUCUAUGACGCCCAUUUGAAAUUUUGUUUAUAUGAAGUCGGCCGCCCGAACGUGAGCAGCAAAACAUUCCACACGUCGCCAUGCAGCGAUCGAACGAAUUUAUUUGAGCGUCGACAUUCCUCUUCUGGGUUGAGACCCGUAACAACCCGGCAGUUGGGUCGAGAGUGUGCGUAGAUCUGAAUUUGUAUUAAAUAUUAUAUAGAUCAUAUAUAAUCCAUUACAUAUAUUAUUGAACAUUAUAUUCUAUAGUAGUCAUUAUUGAUGUUUAAAUAAUAUUGAUGUGCAAUUUACGACUAGUACACGUCCAUCGUGAUAUAUUUUAAUCCGUGGAUAUUAUAUUUAUUGAAUAUUAUUAUAUAUAAAUGUCAUUUUUUUCUUAAUAGCCGUACCGUUGAUGUUGCAAAUUCUGAUCUAUGUAGUAGCGAUCACUCUGUUUAUUUUAAUAUAUUAUGGUGGUAAUAUACUGAGAUGUUUCUAAGUGUAUAUUUUUUUUAAGUAAAUAAAUUAUGUGAACAAUUUCAUUUUUUUUAAUUUAAAAUAAUUUUUACCAGUUUUUUUAUGUGAUGUAUGUGUACUCAAUUCUUAUUCAUAAAAUAUGUAGAAGUUUUGAGACAAACAUCACUAAAUCAACAUUCGUUGACUACAUAACUAUUUUUAGGUUUCUUGAAACUGCAACUAUAACUGUGUAGACUUGACUUAAUUACUUGUUACUUAUAAGGUAUACUAUAAAUAUACAGUAAACUGUAUUUUGACGCAGUGUCUUCUCUAUAAAUAAAAACUAGUAGAAA